AUGUCUUCUUUGAGUACAACAAGUUUUCGCAAGAAGGCUCGUGUUAAAAUUGGACAGAUACUGGGGACAAAGCCUUCAUUAUACAACAACCAGUUGCUCAUUUCUACAGGGAUUCCGUCGCUUGAUCAUGUUAUUGGUGGUGGCCUGGCAGUUGGCACAGUUCUUCUCGUUGAGGAAGACACUUAUGGGAGUUACGCCAAACUGAUGCUGAAAUACUAUGUGGCUGAAGCGGUGAUGACCAAACAGUCAGUGUUUCUGUGUAGUGCUGAUGGAAGUGUGCGGCAGCUUGUCAAGGAGUUACCAGCUGCUGUAGAUGAAGUGUAUUCUCAAGCUGCUACAAAGAUGACCUCCUCACCAGUCCCCAGUGUAGGUCAUCCUCCUACCAGUAAACAAGUGACAGGUGAUCCCAGCUCUACUGCAACAAGCACAGAUGAAAAAAUGAAAAUUGCUUGGCGAUAUCAGAACAGUCCAAAAGUUCAGGUGGUCCCAUCGGCAGGUACACAGUUUGGCCACUAUUAUGACCUGACUAAAACCAUGAAUGCGGAUAUAGUUGAUAGGUCGGAUAUAACAUACGGGUCUCCUGUGGAAGUCGGACAGAUGAGCAUGAACCCACACUACUGCCAAUUGCUUCAGGAAAUCAAAAACAAGAUUGAGGCAGGAUGUUUUGGUACUGGACAAGAAGUGGACAAACGGUCAGUCCUCCGUAUAGGUAUUCAUUCUCUUGGUUCCCCACUGUGGGGAGAGAAUGGCGGAGCAUGCAGUAAAGGUGAAAACCUAGACCCUUCACUUCCUUUGUUUCUGUUAGCUUUGAGAGGAGUCCUGAGAACAGCUUUUGCUACAGCCAUGAUCACCAUGCCUACACAUCUGUUCAGUGAGAGGGUAUUUAUACACCGAGUACAACGGCUGGCAGACACAGUGAUCCGACUGGACAGUUUUGCUGGCUCUGACAAGGAAAAGAAUGCCGUGUUUAAAGAGUAUCAUGGUCUCCUUCAUCUUCUACAACUACCACGUCUCAACUCCCUGGUGCCAGCACAACCAGAAACUUCAGACCUAGCUUUCAAACUGAGGAGAAAGAAAUUUACAAUUGAGUUGCUAUUUGUGUGUGUGUGUAACAGCUCAGGCUCUGGGUGUGCCUCCAACACAACUGCUGACUUGUCCUUCUGA